UCCCUCCCGCCCCGGAGCGCCCCGCCCCGCUUCCCGGCUCUCGCUUUCCUCCCACCGGGUUUGCGGCGUUCGGGGGCCAGGCGGCGAUGGAGCCAAGUCGCUUGGCCGGGCCAGCCUGCUCCUUCUCUCUCAGGACUCUUCCCCCCGCCUCACACCGUCUUCCUGCCAUCGCCUUGCUGGAGAAGCCAGGAUUGCUAUAGGAACCAGGUUCCAGGCAAACAGCAGCAGACCCGUUUCUCAGACCAGAGGCUUCAGACUGCAUAUGCAGGGAGCAGCCCCACCCUAGUCUGUCUAGUUUUGAGGAUGCAGUCUAUAAAGUCCUUUAGUAGCACACAAAUUGGCUGAGCAGUAUUAUGCCCUUGUUUACUUGAUAUUCCCCUCAGAAGACUGCCUGGCUGGCAUAAAUGGACCAACAUGUAACACCACAUUGACAGAUCUGAACAGCAAACUCACAUCCCACCCCAAAUGACAUCUUUAAAGCCAGGAUCUUGCAAGAACAAUGUGAGUAAGGCAUGUCUUCAAAGCCUUUGGAUUCAGUGACAGAUUGUCAGAAGCAACAAUGAAAGAUCAAGAGAGUAUCCAGUCACACUACUGCUCAUACACAACCUAAAAGAAUAAAUGAUCCAUGCAGGACAGACCAUCUUCCCUGGGAACUUAUCAAUGCCUCCUUGUUCUGGAAUCUCUACAGUAGCAUCACCAAACAUAGAGAAAACUCUUUCCAUUCCUUUGAAUCUGAGAACUUGCCUUCAAAUCCAACUCACUAGCACUGUCUUCUUUGGCACCUGUGACAAUUGCAGCAAUUCUCCGGAAACGAAAAUUAGACUAUUAUUUACACAAACUGCUCCCUGAGAUCCUACAAUCUGCUACAUUUCUGACUGCUAAUGGGGCCUUGUUUAUGGCUUUCUUUUGCAUUUUAAGGAAGAUACUCGGAAAAUUCUACUCAUGGAGUCCCGGCUUUGGUGCCGCUUUGCCAGCAUCUUAUGUGGCCAUUCUAAUUGAAAGAAAAAGCAGGAGAGGGCUGCUCACAAUUUAUAUGGCCAACUUGGCCACAGAAACACUAUUUAGAAUGGGUGUAGCAAGAGGAACCAUCACAACGUUAAGAAAUGGAGAAGUCCUUUUGUUCUGCAUCACAGCAGCCAUGUACAUGUUCUUUUUCAGGUGCAAAGAUGGUUUGAAAGGAUUUACGUUCUCUGCACUUAGGUUCAUUGUAGGGAAGGAAGAAAUUCCCACACAUUCUUAUUCACCAGAGGCAGCAUAUGCAAAAGUGGAACAAAAGACAGAGAAACAUGAGGAAAAACCAAGAAGAAUGAAUAUAAUCACUCUAGUCAGGAAGCUUGUGGAUUCAAUAUGUAAGCAUGGACCAAGGCAUAGAUGUUGCAAACACUAUGAGGAUAACUGCAUCUCUUACUGCAUUAAAGGCUUCAUCAGAAUGUUCAGUGUGGGAUACCUGAUCCAGUGCUGCCUCCGCAUCCCCUCCGCCUUCAGGCACCUGUUUACACAGCCAUCCCGGCUGCUCUCUCUCUUCUACAAUAAAGAAAACUUCCAGCUUGGAGCUUUUCUGGGCUCUUUCGUUAGUAUAUACAAGGGUACGAGUUGCUUCCUGCGCUGGGUCAGAAACCUGGAUGAUGAGCUGCAUGCUAUAAUAGCCGGAUUUUUGGCAGGAAUAUCAAUGAUGUUUUAUAAAAGCACAACAAUUUCCAUGUAUUUAGCUUCCAAAUUGGUGGAGACAAUGUAUUUCAAAGGCAUUGAAGCAGGAAAGGUUCCCUAUUUUCCCCAUGCAGACACUAUCAUCUAUUCCAUCUCCACGGCAAUUUGCUUCCAGGCAGCUGUCAUGGAAGUUCAGACCUUGCGACCGUCUUACUGGAAGUUCCUUUUAAGGCUCACCAAGGGCAGAUUUGCUGUCAUGAACCGGAAAGCCCUUGAUGUUUUUGGUACUAGUGCAUCUAAACACUUUCAGGACUUCACCCCUAGGUUGGAUCCAAGAUACACAGUUGUACCACCAGAGUCGCCCAUCGAAUUUUCUUGAAGAUGACUGUAACUUAUUAAUGUGACUUAAUGUUUCAUUAUUUUGUCCUGGAGAGUUAAUUAUGUUGAAUGCAAAAAGGGGGCCCGAGCUUGAACUUCAGUGUUAUUUUAAUGAGAGAUGCUCUUUUUUUGUUUGUUUUUCUUACCUAUCAGAAAUACAGAAGCUUUUUAGGAAGAUGUUGCUUAAUAAUUAAGCUCUCUCUAUAGCCAGAAUCUCAUUCUGGAUCACUGCAGUGGUUGACGUUAUGAUAUAUUAUCGAUUAAAUUAUGUCCACAAGCAAUACUGAAUAAUCUAUGUAAAAUGUAGUAACAAAUAAGAGUAUACUUAAAAUUACUUUAAAAGCUGUUUUAGUUCAUUCCAAUAUAAUUCUUGGUUAAAACUAAGAAUAUGUCUACAUUUUUAGGAUACAAAGGAUCACGGGUACAUGGAUUUGGUCUGUAUAUUUUUUUUUCUCUAACUUUUGAAUUGGUAAGUAUAGCGGUGAGAUGUUAUGGAUAUGGAGUAACUCUUUUUACAGACGAUGCUGCUUUAGUAUAGAGCGACUUACUUGGAGAAAGUGGCCAUUCUUACUUCAGGGACGCAGAGACGGGCCUCAUACUGUCGGAUGAGUGCCGUGGUGUCCAUGCUCGUCUUCCGCCGACACCUCCCUCUCUCUCUCCGCCGUCAGCUGGGCUCUUGGACAGCCCGGGGAACCUGAGUGCUAGGGGCAGGUUAGGAGCAGACGGGGAUGGGCAUAUCUGGUAAAGCUGAAACGUUUUCAUCUUUUAUAGAAGCAUUACACUUGAAUAUUCAAGAGCAAAUGAAGUUCCUUGUAAACCUCCCGUAGGUUUCUUAUGUUUGUUUUCAUUUAUUAGGACUGACUUCUUCAUAGGUAAGUUUGUGUGCCAUUGUUGACUCAGAAGGGAUCAAAUCCUAUGGAACAGAAAGUAUUUUGGGCAAGUCUGGCAGUUUGUUUCCUCAGCUGUUUCACCUGUAUCAUGGUAGAAGUCCAGUGGUUGUUAAAAGGUCCAUUUCUUCACUAAUUGAACGCAGGUUCUGUAGCCUCUUUUCAAAAAAGUGUUGUCUCUAUUUUUAUUCCUGUUAAAGAAGUGACGAAAUGUAGUCACUGCUGCUUAUAAGGUAGUUCAGGACAGCUUUGAUUGAAGCAUGAUCAUGCUUUAGGGUUUUUCAGGGAAAAUUUACUCUUUUCUAAAUGAAUACAGGGCUUAAGCGGUCGUGAUGUCUCCAGUUAAUGUAACAUACAGGGAUAAUGGUAUGUUAUCAAUACAAUUUCGUUGCUGAAAAGUUUUAGACUAUUGAAAAUUAUUCAGUAGAACUUCUGUUGCAACAAGAACUAUAACCUAGAGUUUUAAGACGCUUAACCCUCCAUAUUCAGUUUCAUCACGCCUUGCCCUCUUCUGUUUACAUGUAAUCCUAACCUUUGCUGUUAUGGCAGAUUGAAACCCGACAAAAAGACAGACUGGUACUAUGGUAACAGAGGGCCACUUUAGUUUAAUCAAACUUGUGCAUUGUCAUUACCUUUUUAAGGUUGACUUGUCUGUUAGGCAGUACUGUUAAAGGAUCAUUUUGGCUUCAGACUUCCAAAUUGAUUAAUAAAUUACGUUUUAAGUUUUUACUCACUGGAAUCACAAUGAUGACUGGUACUGUGUUUACUUUUAAAAAUGAAGUAUUACAGCAGUGAAGAAAGCAUUUGCAUCUCAUUUUCUCUACUCAGAAAUUAUGAUAUUUUUUCCUGUCAGGUCAGGGUAAAUGGAAAACUUUUUAGUCCAUAAGUUAUUGUUUUCAUUCACAUUAAAAGACUAUGAAAUUUAAAGACAAAUUCUACUGAAAUAUGAGAUUGUUCAGUAAAAUUUUACUGGUCAAAAGGUGCAUUUCUAUGAUUUAUCUUUUUUUUUUUUGAUAAUAACUAGUCAUCUUUAUGUAAAAUGUAAUAACUAUCAGGAAGCAGAGCACAAUAAUGAAUGUAUAGCUGGAAUGAACAGAGAAGUACAAUUUGAUUUUUUUGGGACAGACUGCAGAGUAUAGUUGAGCAGACAAAGAAACUGUGUUUGUGUUCCUUGAAGACAAUCAAAAUGAAUGUCUUUCUACCUCUAACUAAUCAGGUAUGGACAACUUCGCAUCAUAAAAUAAAAUCAAAUAGAUGUCUCCAUUCCAAAACAUGUUUUUUAGUCCAUCUAUAUGCUGAAGAAAUCCUGUCUAUGGUAAGCUUCCUUCCACUAGGUCUGAUUACAUUAAACACUUAGUAUGCUUCUCAGUAUUUCCUCCAUCUUUAGGGAGACUGCAAAAUAGUGCACUGGGGUGGUUAAUAGAAUUAUGGUUGUUUUCUAUAUUAAUCAACUAUUUCCUGUGUUAAUAAAAUCCUAGAGUUAGUGCCAACCAAGUUAAGACUGAAAUUGCAGGAUAAAAAAAUUGUCUCAAAUCUUACCUGUUCUUCAUCAGAUAGUCCAUUUUAUUACCCAUUUCUGAAAUACAACCUUUGGUUUGGUUAUUAAAAAAAUAAUAAAUGCUAUGGCUUAUUCUGUUACAUUUUUCUUGAUCUAUAAAAAGUGUUUCUCAGUUGAUACCUAGCAUAUUUUUUGCUUGCAUUUGUUGUCUGGUCAGUAUUAAUUUAGAACUUUACCUUUUUACUCUGCUCUCAGACCUUACUUUUGUGAUGAAACCCAAACUGGUGAGUUGUCACAUAGUAUGUUCUGGCUGAGCCUGAGUAUUUAUCUCCUUGUGGGUUCUGUGAAUGAUGACAAAAUUGUUUCUGCCUGUUUUUUGUCACAUCCCUGAGUUUCUAAGCCCUCUGACGAUGCCUUGUUAGGGAAAAUCAAUUUCCUUUACCCUCAAGGAGCUUCCUCCACUUGCUACAGCACGUCCUCCUCACAGUGGGGCUCAGGCUGCCCCCCGGCAGGGCCAGAAGGGACGCACCCACUGGGAGCAGUGGCAAUCAGAGAAGUAGUCAAGCCCUUAGAGUACCUGAAUUUUCCCCGUGAUAAGUCAUUUGGCAGAGCAAUGGGUGGGUUUUUUGGCACCACAAAGACAAAAGUAUUCAGCUGAAUUGGGACUUUGCUAAGAUACCUGAUAAACUUUCUCUCUUCCAACGCCUUGUCCUGUUGCUGCUUCUCUCUUCAGUGUUCAUUUUCACAUACACAGUUGAGGUACCUGAAAAAUGAGUGACCAAGAAGGAGAUAUAAGAAAAAGCAUUGUGAAAAGGGUAACUACAAAGAAACGAGGCUGACACUGUGUGACUUCUGGAAGCAGAGGAGGGCCAGGAACUCGACCAUGACUGCAGCAGGACAUCGCGUGGCCCGAAGCCCACAGCUGUGGUGAACAGAAGAGCUGAAAAUCCCGGAUUGGUCCACGGCAGCGGUCUCAGGCCAGGUGUGACUGGUACUUUUUCUCCAGCUCUAAGCCACUGCAGCUUGCCUGUUGAGUUUUUUGGUGCAGGCCUGUGCUUUCCUCCCGCGUCUUUGCCAUUUAAGUUUUAAGUCCCCAGGGAAAAAAAUGUAGUACUUCUUUCCCUGUCUGUUCCCGGGAAAGUGAAGGCAAGACUGGUGAGAGCCCACAGGAGUGCUGUGGAGUCUGCGAGGGAAAGCGGUGGCGUCUCUGGCCCUCCUCUCCCCUCGCAAGUGAGCCAGAGGCUUCGUUCGGGUCAUGUCCUGGUGAUGUGUGACAGGUGCCCUGCCACACUUGGAGCGGUGAGGCCCAGUCUGUGAAGGAGGAGGAAGGAGUUUGUUCUCAGAAUUAUUGAAGUGUCGUGUCUGCCGCACUGUUACGGAUAUAAACCUGACUGGGGGCCAGUGGUCAGACUGGGUACUGACUGGUAACGAGGCACUUGGCUUCGUCAGGGUACUUCGUCAGUGUUUGUGGAGCGAAUGACUGAAUGGCCUUGCGGUGCGUCAGGAAGACGGCGGUUAUUUCCUCAUUAAGUUGGAAAUGUGUUAGAUGUAUUGAGAGGUUUUAUAUGAAUAAAGUUCUUCCUCCUUUUGAAAUUUAAUUUGUAAUACAGGUAAAAUUGGCAAAAACCACAGCAAGAAAUUCAAUCUAAAUCUGAGUCUGCAGUUUCUGGAAGCCUGUCGUUCUUAGGCAUAGCAGUAAGGUUCUCUUAAGACCUAGGAGGGGAGAAUAAAUAAAUCUGCAAAACUAGAGGUAUGA